AUGGUGCGGCACGUGGACGACCUGGAUUUCUGCCUGCCCUCGCACGCCCAGGACAUGCUGGACGGCCUGCGGCGGCUGCGCUCGCAGCCCAAGCUGGCCGACGUCACGCUGCUGGUGGGGGGCCGGGAGCUGCCCUGCCACCGCGGCCUCCUGGCGCUCAGCAGCCCCUACUUCCAUGCCAUGUUUGCGGGCGACUUUGCGGAGAGUUUCUCAGCGCGCGUGGAGCUGCGAGACGUGGAGCCCGCCGUGGUGGGGCAGCUGGUGGACUUCGUGUACACGGGCCGGCUGACCGUCACGCAGGGCAACGUGGAGGCGCUGACCCGCACGGCCGCCCGCCUGCACUUCCCCGCCGUGCAGAAGGUCUGCGGCCGCUACCUGCAGCAGCAGCUGGACGCCACCAACUGCCUGGGCAUCUGUGAGUUUGGGGAGCAGCAGGGGCUGUUGGGCGUGGCUGCCAAGGCCUGGGCCUUCCUGCGGGAGAACUUCGAGGCGGUGGCCCAGGAGGACGAGUUCCUGCAGCUGCCCCAGGACCGGCUGGCCACCUGUCUGGCUGGUGAGCUGCUGCAGGUGCAGCCGGAGCAGAGCCGGCUGGAGGCCCUGCUGCGCUGGGUGCGCCAUGACCCGCCGGCCCGGGCCGUCCACCUCCCCGAGCUGCUUGGCCUGGUGCGCCUGGACGCCGUGCCCAGACCCUGUGUGCAGCGGCUGCUGGCCACCGAGCCACUGAUCCAGGAGUCAGAGGCGUGCCGGGUGGCCCUGUCGCAGGGCCGCGAUGAGGCACUGCUCGCCCUCCCGCAGAAGCUGGAGGAGGUGCUGGUGGUGGUGGGCGGGCGGGCCCUGGAGGAGGAGGAGGAGGGCGCCGAGGAGCCCGCCCCGCACCCCAGGAACUUCGCCUUCUACAACAGCAAGGCCAAGAGGUGGAUGGCGCUCCCGGACUUCCCCGACUACCACAAGUGGGGCUUCUCCCUGGCCGUGCUGAACAACACUGUCUAUGUCACAGGUGGCUCCCGGGGCACCAAGACAGACACCUGGUCAACCACCCAGGCCUGGUGCUUCCCUCUGAAGGAGGCCACCUGGAAGCCAGUGGCACCCAUGCUGAAGGCCCGCACCAACCACGCCAGCGCCGCGCUCAACGGGGAGAUCUAUGCCAUCGGCGGCACCACUCUGGACGCGGUGGAGGUGGAGAGCUAUGACCCCUACACAGACGCCUGGACCCCCGGCAGCCCCGCCCUCAAGUACGUCAGCAACUUCUCGGCGGCCAGCUGCGGGGGCCGGCUGUACCUGGUGGGGUCCCGCGCCUGCAAGUACAACCCUCUGGCUCUGCAGAGCUACAACCCUAUCACAGACGCAUGGCACGUGAUCACCUCGCCCUUCCUCCCCAAGUACCUGUCCUCGCCACGCUGUGCCGCACUGCAGGGGGCCCUCUACCUGGUCGGCGACAACACCAAGAAGGUCUACGUGUACGACCCCGGGGCCAACCUGUGGCAGAAGGUGCAGCCUCUGCACAGCCUGCACGAGAAUGGCGCGCUGGUGCCGCUGGGCGACACGCUGUAUGUGACCGGCGGCCGCUGGCAGGGCAUGGAUGGCGACUACCACGUGGAGAUGGAGGCUUACGACCGUGGGUGUGACACCUGGACCCGCCACGGCUCCCUGCCCCGCCUCUGGCUCUACCACGGGGCCUCUACGGUCUUUCUAGACGUGUCCAAGUGGACCCAGCCCUUCAGCCCGGCCCAGGAGCCCUGA